AUGGCAACGAAAACAUUGGAAGCUCGCUUUGAGCACCUGUCUGUGAAGGACGACAAGGAUCGCACCUAUGCGAAAAACAAAGCGCCCAAGGGUUCCAUCUCGUCGGCUGCGUCGUUGUCCGGUCUUGGUUCGUCCCAGAACAAUUCAAACCGGGCUCAGUUGCUGAAGUUGGCGCUGCAAAACACAAAUGAAAACAAGGCCAAUGCAAUGAAUGUGCCGCCAUCCCCUGGCAAAGGCCAGGGGACAGUGGUGACCCGAAAUACCGACGAGAACGGCGAUCAACGCACGUCAACUUCGAUGCACGACCAAACUUCGGUGCCAAGGCAGCUGCACCUCGGAAUGUUUGAGAUCGGAAAGCCUCUGGGUAAGGGUAAGUUUGGCCGUGUUUAUCUCGCCAAGGAACGAUCUUCUGGCUUUGUGUGUGCCCUGAAGGUGCUGCACAAGUCGGAACUCCAACAAGGGGGCGUUCAGAAGCAAGUUCGACGCGAGAUUGAAAUCCAGAGUAAUCUCCGUCACCCCAAUGUCCUCAGACUUUACGGACAUUUCCAUGAUAGCAAGCGGAUCUUCCUAAUUCUGGAAUUCGCCGGCCGUGGUGAACUAUACAAACACCUUCGAAAGGAGCACCGAUUCCCGGAGUGGAAGGCGGCGCAGUACAUUGCACAGAUGGCGGCAGCACUGAAGUACUUGCACAAGAAGCAUGUCAUGCACCGUGAUAUCAAGCCAGAGAACAUCCUGGUCGGUAUCCAUGGAGAAAUCAAGAUCAGUGACUUUGGUUGGAGUGUCCACGCCCCCAAUAACCGACGGCAGACAAUGUGUGGAACGCUUGACUAUCUGCCCCCGGAGAUGCUAAAGCCGGGCUCCCAAGACAACUACUACAGCGAAAAGGUAGAUCUUUGGAGCUUGGGCGUCUUGACCUACGAGUUCCUGGUGGGUGAAGCACCUUUCGAGGACACGCCUGUCAUGACUCAGCGACGAAUUGCCAGGGCUGAUAUGUCUGUCCCAUCCUUCGUCAGCCCCGAAGCGAAGGACCUCAUCAAGAGGCUACUGGUUCUUGACCCAGAGAAGCGGAUUCCCCUUGAUGAAAUCCAGAGCCACCCCUGGAUUGUCAAGCACUGCGUGAAAGAUGCAAAGCGGAGCUCUGGCUCCAAAGAAGGCAAAGCAUGA